CGGCCCGCCUGCUUCCCGCCUCUCUCCUGCCGCCCGCAGGGUCACGGAGCUGCUGCCGCCCUUCCAGCGCGUCAUCCAGCCCGAGGAGAUGUGGCUGUACAGGAACCCGCACGUCCAGGCCGACCGCGUCCCCGCCCUGCCCCUCUUCCUCAUUUCCUUCUUCUCUCCCGUGUCGGCAAUCCUCCUGGCAAGAUUCUGCAUGAAAGUCACCCGGGAAGACACGCAGGAGGCUUGUUUAGCUGCCAGCCUUGCACUGGCCCUCAACGGGGUUUUCACAAACACUGUCAAGCUGGCCGUGGGGAGGCCGCGCCCCGACUUCUUCUAUCGCUGCUUCCCAGACGGACGGGCAAACUCUGCGCUGGCCUGCACGGGCGACGUGGCCGUGGUGACGGAGGGACGCAAGAGCUUCCCUAGCGGGCAUGCCUCCUUCGCCUUCGCUGGUCUGGCCUUCUCCGCCUUCUACCUGGGAGGCAAGCUGCGCUGCUUUGUUCCCGGCGGACAGGGAAAAGCCUGGCGUCUCUGCACCUUCCUGGCACCGUUGCUCCUUGCCAGCCUCAUCGCUUUGUCCCGCACCUGCGACUACAAGCACCACUGGCAAGAUGUGGUAGUGGGCUCAGCCCUUGGCCUCAUGCUCGCCUACCUCUGCUACCGGCAGCACUACCCCCCACUGACGGACCCCGAGUGCCAUGUGCCUUUCCUGGGUAAGGCCAAGGUGCUGCCUGCAGAGGAGCCCAAGCAGGCCAGCUCCGGCUUCCUCAAUGUAUAGCGAGGAUGGAUACUGCUAGCUCCAACCAUGUGGGAUCCUCCCUCCCUCCCGCUUUUGGGACCACAGGGUGGGGACAGGGACAGAUAUUUUGGGGAACUGAAUUGCUGCCUGCUUGGAGAGGAAACUUGAAGGGGGGCAGGCGAGAGCCAGAGGAGACCAUCACCUCUGCCCGCGGUGAGUUGUCCUGCUUAUCAGGCCCCAGGCUUCCUGUCCCUGUGGCCUGUUUUGUGAACCUGCCCUGCUCCAUGCCUGCUGUUGGGGGAGGCUGGGUGGGUUUGCAGUGCCAAGCCUGCUGGAGGGGGGCAGGGAGCUGCUGCGCUGAUCAGUGCGACGGGGGGCUGGCAGUUGUGUGUUGGGAUGAGCUUGGGCUUUCCGCUGGCCCGGGAGGCCCCUUCCAGCCCCGCGUACUAUUGCGCUGUCCCCGUCUUGGUGUUUUUACUGUCCAAUAAAGAGCUGAGUGUGGUGCUUUCA